CAUAACGGUUACAAAGUCACAAGUUGAACUGUGACGCGCUAAAUCUUUGUUCGAAGUCACUGUCAGUAAUAAAACAAAAACCGCUAGGUUGGCAGAAAACAGAGAGAGAGAGAGAGAGAGAGAGAGAGAGAGAGAGACGGAUGUUUUCUAUCACGAGCUUCUGUCCAUCCGCUGCACCGAUCUGUGCUCAAUCUGCGGGGAAACCGGGAUCAUGCUCUGGGUCGGCUUGGUUUUUGACAUGCGCUGGUAGCUGAAACGGGUGAUCUGAGCUGGGGGUCUGGAGCCUGGCGCCAUGGCUCGGUACCUGGGCCACUUCACCGCUGUGGGCGACGUCCAUCCAGUCCGCCUGGACGAGGAGGACCUGCAUGUGACCAGCGAGGAGCUGAGUCCCGCCACGGGGCAGUUACCACCCACCUUCAGGGAGUCCCUGCAAAGGCUCUACGGCUCCGAGCGCUUCCAGGUGGUGGUGGUGUGUUUGGUCAUCCUGGACGCCAUCUUCGUUCUGGCCGAGCUGCUCAUCGAUCUGUCUGUUAUCAAGCUGGAACAUGGCCACCUUGCUCCGGAGGUGUUCCACUACCUGAGCCUGGCCGUUCUAACGUUCUUCAUAGUGGAGCUGCUCGGUAAGCUGUAUGCCUACCGCCUGGAGUUCUUUCAACACAAGUUUGAGGUGUUUGACGGUUUGGUGGUGGUGCUUUCCUUCGUGUUGGACGUUGUGUUCAUCUUCCACGAAGACGAGUUUGUUGGGACGGGCCUGCUCAUCCUGCUGCGACUCUGGAGGGUGGCCCGAAUCAUCAACGGUAUCCUGGUGUCGGUGAAGAACCGUGCAGACCACAAGCUCCACAAGCUGAAGGAGAGCUAUGACCAACUGGUUCAGAGAGUCACGCAGCUGCAGGAGCGCUGCGACAAACUGGAACAGGAGAACCAGAGACUGGAAGCCCUCCUCAAGAAGCACGCCACAGACUCCUAACUCCUGGAGCCCGCUGCUGUGGAGCUCCUCUUCAAUCUCAUUUAUAUCAUGUACCUUUGGGCACUUUUAGACCUGAUUUCAGUAUCCCUUAACCAUUGCUACAUUACCUGAAGAGAAAUAUAUAUUUUUUAAUAUCUGUAUCAGUAGAUCCAUAUCCAUGUCAAAGGUUAUGUCGAAUGAAUGUCAGAUGCUAUCACUCCAUAAAGCCACAAUGGCCUCAAUUUCUAAGUAAAGCGUCUGCUUAGUGACAUUUAAAAAAGAACUGUAUGUUGUGUAAAAAAAAAAAAAAGAACAUGUC